ACAAUACUAUGCAAAAACAGUUAUUGUAAUUUUGUUAUUAUUAGUAAAAUAUAAUAAUAAUAAUAAUAAUAAUAAGGUUGGUUGAUCAUUGAUGUGAUCAAAUUAUAGGGGACUGGCCCCCUCAAUUUUGGGGUUCUGGAAAUUGUGGCAUUAGCACAUGGAAGCAACAUCAUUUCCAUAUUGGUCUUUGGAAAAUGAAAAAGAAAGAACAAACUAUUGUAAAGAAAAACAAAAAGAAAAGAUAAAAUAAAAGCAAAUGCAUACAAAACUAUAAUACUGGAUGAGGUUUGAGUGUGAGUGUGUGUGUGACUACUAAAUACUAAUAUAAGCAAAGUUUAUAUUUUUAUUUAAUAGCAAAUAAAAUAUAAACCAUGAUCGAAUAAUUUAUUUUCUAAGUUUACACAGUACACUGAAGUGGAGCAGUCAGCAGUGUCUUUAUAGCAUAUGAGCUUAAAGCUUUGGUCUUUCUCUUUGCCUUUGAGUGUUUCUCUUUGUCAAAGCUUUCACAUUUCACUACUUCUUUGAGCUCAACUCAGCUGAAUGCUUAGUUAGAUCCAGGUAGUUGAUGAAAGAAAUUCUCCAUUGAUCAGAGAAUGUUGAAUAUAUAAAAGAAAUGUAUGUAUGCUGCAAAUGUAACAACCGGCUUGUACUGAAUUUCUAUGGUAUUUAGACUUUGAUUCAUGGAAGAAAUACAGUCUCAAUCGGAUGCAUAUCGGUCUUCUUCUUCAUCAGCAAGUAGCCCGGCGAGUAGGGUGCCAUCAAGUCACUUCUUCUACCUUAGAAAGCCGGGUUCUCUUCGACAACCAAUCUCAUUUGAGGACUCACCUGAAUGGGAAGACACUGAUGUUGAAGCUAGAGGUGAUGAAGGAGGAGGAGACACUAUCAAUGUUGCAACCCCGGCUUCACCUUCGCUUUCUAAGCUCAACAGUGGUUCCUUGGCAUCUCCAUAUGGUUCAUAUAUAUUGGAGGGUGCAGUUCUUCCUCAUAAGAUCGUUGGUGCUUCUGUUGUGUGGAGGGAUUUGACUGUUACCAUAAAGGGAAAAAGGAAGUACUCUGAUAAUGUUAUUAAGAGUUCAACUGGUUAUGCCUUACCUGGUACAAUGACUGUGAUUAUGGGACCUGCUAAAUCAGGGAAAUCGACGUUGUUACGCGCCAUUGCAGGAAGAUUGCAUCCUUCAACCAGGACUUAUGGUGAAGUGUUUGUGAAUGGGGCGAAAUCGCACUUGUCCUAUGGAUCAUAUGGUUUUGUGGAGAGAAAGACCAAUCUGAUUGGAUCACUCACUGUGAGAGAGUUUCUGUACUAUUCAGCUCUGCUUCAACUCCCAGGAUUCUUAUUUCAGAAAAAGAAUGUGGUAGAGGAAGCUAUCCAAGCGAUGUCUUUAGGUGACUAUGCAAAUACACUUAUUGGUGGACAUUGUUAUUCAAAGGGCCUCUCCGGGGGCGAGAGAAGACGUGUUAGCAUUGCGAGGGAGCUUGUGAUGAGACCACAAAUCCUGUUUAUAGAUGAACCUCUUUAUUGUCUGGACAGUGUCUCAGCACUUUUGAUGAUGGUUACAUUGAAGAAACUUGCAAGCAGUGGCUGCACUCUUAUUUUUACUAUUUACCAGAGCAGCACAGAAGUCUUCGGCCUUUUUGAUCGAAUAUGCCUUCUUUCGAAUGGAAAUACUUUGUUCUUUGGAGAAACAUUAGCUUGCUUGCAGCACUUCUCAAAUGCUGGAUUUCCCUGCCCUAUCAUGCAAAGUCCUUCCGAUCACUUUCUUCGAGCAAUCAAUACAGAUUUUGACAGGAUAAUUGCAAUGUGUAAAAACUGGCAGGAUGAUAAUGGAGACUUUUCUUCGGUCAACAUGGACACAGCAGUGGCUAUUUGCACACUUGAAGCAACAUAUAAAUCAUCUGCAGAUGCAGCUGCUGUUGAAAAUAUGGUUAUGAAACUCACAGAGAAGGAAGGUCCAUCUCUUAAAUACAAAGGCAAAGCUAGUGCUGCUACUCGCAUAGCAGUCUUGACAUGGAGGUCUUUAUUGGUUAUGUCAAGGGAGUGGAAAUAUUACUGGAUUCGUCUGGUUCUCUGUAUGCUUCUUACACUUUGCAUUGGUACUAUAUUUUCCGGCUUGGGGCACUCGCUUUCUUCAGUUGGGACUAGAGUUACAGCAAUUUUUGUAUUUGUAUCAUUCUAUUCGCUUCUAAGCAUUGCUGGCGUGCCUGGACUUAUUAAAGAAAUCAAGAUGUAUGAAUGUGAAGAAUCUAACCAGCAUUCAAGUGCACUAGUAUUUUUACUUGGACAAUUCUUGUCCAGCAUGCCAUUCCUUUUCCUCAUCUCCAUUUCAUCAAGUCUAGUUUUCUACUUCCUAGUAGGGCUGAGAGAUGAAUUCAACUUCUUAAUGUACUUUGUGCUCAACAUUUUCAUGUCUCUUUUAGCAAGUGAAGCACUUAUGCUACUUGUUGCUACUUUAUGGCAAGAUAUCUUCUGGAGUUUCUUAACAACUUUGUGCAUUCAGGUAGUGAUGAUGCUUUCCGCCGGAUAUCUUAGAAUCCGAAAUGAUUUGCCUGGACCAGUGUGGAUAUAUCCAAUGUCAUAUAUAUCCUUUCAUACAUACUCUAUUCAGGGUCUAUUGGAGAAUGAGUACCUAGGAAGUACCUUUUCAAUUGGGGAGGUGAGGACCAUAUCAGGAUUUCAAGCUCUCCAAAACAUCUAUGACAUCUCUUCUGACACCAAUUCAAAGUGGUCAAAUUUGCUGGUUUUGUUUCUCAUGGCAGUUGUUUAUCGUUUUCUUGUGUUCAUUUUAUUAUGCAGAAAAUCAUCUCUGCUUAUUAGUUGUAGGUGUCAAAGAGUAGGUACAGAAUUUACUAGUUGAUUUGGCUUACUUGCAUAGUUGCAUUGUACAAUUAAAUUCUUUUUUUAUCUAUUUUGCAUUUCCUAUAUCAGUUUUGAGUUUAUCAUGAAUUUUUGUAGCUGGAUAUGUCUCGUAAAAUUCUUGGUCAUUACUUAAAUGUAUCUCAUUCUCAAUCCACAAUUGCACCAGAACUUAAGAUUCUUGUGGUUUUCUCUGGUGAAUUACAUUGACCUACCUUGAGCUUAGGUAAUGCUAUGCAUGAUAAAGUAUACACUAACCUCCCCUGAAAUUCAAUGCUUUUUAUUUAAUGCUUCAUCGUUUCAAGGAUCAUUUAAGUAAGCAUUAGCUUGUUUUCUUCAAGUCGAAGAUGACUCACAACAUCAAAUACCAAAUAGCAGAUGAGCUUUGAUUCUUGUUCUCAGAAAUUUCUCAUAUUCAUAGAGAAUCCAACAUCAGCAAAAUUAGUUUGGCCAAAAAUGUCAUGUACGUGCUUUUAAUAAGAUAUUAAGCCGAAAUACAUAUACCAUUAUUUCACGGUUCCAAACAUAAUCGUUUGAUUAUUUAAGCUCACGAAAUUAUUAUCAAAGUAACCACCACUAUGAAUUUAAAAAUGCCCUCAAACAAAAAUCAAAAUUGGCUAUAAAGAAUGGGAAGCUAAGAGUAGGGGUAUGGUGUAAUUGAAAAGCUAAGCAUGGUACUUUGGCUGAACAAAAAAUUAAA